UAUAAUGACUUUCAGAAUUGAGCAUCGAAGUAGUCGAGAACAGUUGUAUAGAUUCUCGCUCGUUCGCUCCGAUUGAAUAGACAUCCAUAAUUACAUUCCUCGGCUCUUUCUUUUUAAAUUUUAUAUUAUUAUUAUUAUUAUUGUUUUUUUCCCCCUAUAUGUGUUAGCAAGCAUCACCUGUUUGACAUAUUGCCUGAGACAAGUUAGCAUUACAUGAAUUGUUUGCAAUUUAAACUUCAUCUUGCUUGUGAAAUAUUUACAUUCUUCGCUUGAUAAUUACAUAAAAAUAAACACUAAAAUCGAGAGUGAAAAUGAUUCUCAGGAGUUCUUGCACCGCAAAAAUGUUUCUGAGAAGAUGCUAUUCGUCGUUUUCUUCUCAUCCAUUGCGCGUCUGCGUCGUUGGAAGCGGACCUGCUGGUUUUUACACUGCCGAAAAGAUGUUGAAAGCUCAUCAAAAUGCAGAGGUCGAUAUAGUUGAUCGGUUACCAACACCGUUUGGAUUAGUUAGGUCUGGUGUAGCACCUGAUCAUCCUGAAACAAAGAUUGUUACCAACCAGUUUUCUCGGGUUGCGCACAAUGAUCGGUUUUCAUAUAUUGGGAAUGUUACUCUUGGAUCUUCCAUAUCUUUGUCUGAGCUCCGUGACUUGUAUCAUGUGGUUGUCUUGGCUUAUGGUGCAGAAAGUGACAGAGCUUUUGGCAUUCCCGGAGAAGAUCUAUCUGGGAUACACUCUGCCCGAGAAUUUGUAUGGUGGUACAAUGGGCAUCCUGAUUGCAGCAAUCUGGCCCCGGAUUUAAAAAGCACUGAUACAGCUGUCGUUCUUGGUCAGGGAAAUGUGGCUCUUGAUGUUGCGAGAUUACUUCUGAGACCAACCACUGAAUUGGCAACAACUGACAUUGCAAGCAGUGCCUUGGAUGCUCUAUAUGAGAGCUCAAUCAGGAAAGUGUAUUUGGUCGGAAGACGUGGGCCAGUGCAGGCAGCCUGUACAGCAAAAGAGCUUCGUGAAAUUCUUGGUAUUAAGGAUUUAUAUAUUCACAUUCAGAAUGUGGACCUUCUAACAACUCCUGCUGAUGAGGAAGAGAUGAAGAGUAAUCGGAUUCGAAGGAGAGUUUAUGAAUUACUCUCCAAGGCUGCCUCCUCAGAAACAUCUGGUCCUAGUCCAGGUCAACGUGAACUCCACUUUGUUUUUUAUCGAAAACCAGAUAAAUUUGUUGAAUCAAAUGAGAAAAGUGGCCAUGUAGCUGGUGUUCAGCUUGAAAAAACAGUUCUUAGAGGCACCGGAAUACAAACCGCAGUAGGUACUGGACAGUUUGAAGAGCUUGGUUGCGGUUUGGUGCUGAAGAGCAUUGGAUAUAAGUCAGUUCCAGUAGAUGGCUUGCCUUUUGAUCAUCACAAAGGCAUAGUUCCAAAUGUAAUGGGAAGAGUUCUCAGCAAUAAUCCGGAGGAAACUACACAAUUUGAGAGGGGUUUAUAUGUUUCGGGGUGGUUGAAGAGGGGACCUACUGGAAUUGUUGCCACCAACCUCUAUUGUGCUGAAGAAACGGUAGCGAGCAUCACUGAAGACAUUAAGAAAGGGGACAUCUUCUCCGCCAAUGCUUUAGCGAAACCCGGCAAGGAUGGCCUCAUUCAUAUAUUAGAUGAUAGGAAUGUUAAAAUUGUUCCAUUCAGCAGCUGGGAAAAGAUUGAUAAUGAAGAGAAGAGGCUUGGAAGCUUAGUAGGAAAGCCUAGAGAAAAACUACAGUCGUGGAAUGAGCUGCUACGAGUUGCUAUGAGUUAAGAGCCUCACAUCUGUACACAGUAUAUUAUUCUUCCGCAACCUUCACUAUAGUAUUUUCUUGAAUAUAGAUAUAGAUGAGCCUAGUUUGCUACGAUAUAACACUGUCCUGUCUUCAUUACAUGGGAAUUUACAGAGUCCCCUUUAGAAACCA